AUAAAGAGUGUGUGUUAAUAUCACCGCCUGUAUUUUUUAACUGUAGGGAUUUUUCGUUUAGAAUUAGGGAAAUUCGAGAAAGUAAAAGUUGUAAUAAUAGCUGGAAAUCUAUUUAUUUACGAUUUUUUAGGUGGAAAUAAACAUGGUAAGAGCCUCGAAGUGCAAUUUUGUGAGCGCGUGUGUUAAUUUCCAUGUACUUUUAAAGCGUUAAAACACUACGAAGAUGUUUCUGUAAUCUGGUGGAGGAUGAAAAAGUGCAGAAAUUCUAAAAGAAAAACAAAAAACAAACAGCUUUUUAGAAGCGGAAUGCGGGGCAUUAUUGUGUAAAAGUAGCGGUUCGGACUUCAUUCAGAAAGUCAGCCGGUCUCGUUUCUACUACCAGUUCCCAAGCAUUUGUGGAAUGCCAGCUAUGUUAAUAUUUGACAUGGCCAGCCAAUCAGAGACAGGGUCGACAAGGCAUCGAACAAACUGGAGGGUGGACCUGUGCUGCGUUCACUCUUGCUCUUUCCAUUAUGACUCCAAAGCUGUUUGUCGGAGCAUCGAACUCUACUAUUGUUUUUCGAUCCCAUUCCUCUACCAGGUGAGUUUAUAAUUCCAAAUUUACGAAAUAUCCUUGCCCUGUUAUCUUAUCGAUCUUGUUUUUAAAUCCGCUCCGAACUAAGUCUCCCCCUUUAGAAAAAAAAUAAAUAAAUAAAAUAAAAAUAACACUCGGCAUUAGUGCGGUGGGAAGGGGGUGAGUUUUUGCGUAACUUUUUCCAGUUGUGUUAAUGUAAUUACCUCAUCGUUUAGUGCACUUAAUUAGCGUAUAGAAUGGGAAACGUUUGUUAUUUAUUUAUUUAAUUUCUUUUUUACCCCUUUCAGUCGAAACAAUUUCUUUAAUGUAUAUUAUUGCUUUUUCUGAACUUCCGGGUAAUGUUAUCAACCUGGUUUAUGAAUUAUUGGAUGCGAUAUUUGUGUUGUUUAUUAACAUUAAUUAAAUUUUUAAACUAGUUAAUUAACUAAUUAACUAUAUUCCAAUUACUGUCUUCGGUUAAUUAACCUUCCUCCUGAAGGUCCCUCGUGUUGCAAAUGCCAUUAAAAGUCGAAAUUUUCGCCGAUUUUAAUUUCGUGCCCCGACAAGAUCGUUAAUACUAGAAAAUAGUUGAGAUUUUUUGAGUCGUAGUUCAGUUUACUGUUGCCAAAAUUGAUUUCUUUUUAUUGGUUCGAGGCGUGUUUAAUGGCUUAAAAUGUGUUUUAACGCUUUAAAAACCUUUAAAUUUGCGAAUAAGUCGUAAAUUUAAAGGGGCGGAGAUGGGAUAAAAUGCUUAAAUUUAAUUAUUUUAUCGUCACUUUUUUUCUUAAUUAUUUCUUAAUGUUGUUUAAGGUUUCUGUUUAGGAUAUACGCCCUCUUAAUUAUAGCAAUCUGGUGAUGGCACCGAAAAGAGGUGGUUCGGGAUUAUCAAGUUUCAAUUGUGUUAAGUUCUUAAAUUGCUCUGUAUUUUUUAUUUAUUUAUUUUUUAAAUCUGUUUCCUCUCUCCCUCCAAUUUCUAACUCGCAGGUUUUAAUUUUAAGAUAUAGAACAACUACAAUUUUUGGAGAUGUCCCCAAAAAUUUAUUUUUAGGGGGGUGAUCUUCACGUAAAAAUUAAAUUACAAGCUUAAAAAAUUGCUUUUUAAAAGACAAAAAAUAUUUUUUAAACGAAUGAAAUUAGAAUUCUUUGUUAUAAAAUUUUUUUUGACAGAACGGCAACAUUGUUACGUCAUAAUUGAAACUUUUUUAAAAAUGAUUUGUGACGUAAUAAUGGAAGAAGAAAAAUAUUUUUUCUGUGUUAUUUGUCGCGUCAUAAUGGACUUUGUGUGAUGCCAUAUUUAAUAUAAAUCGGGUUAAAAAUUUAAAUUUGAGUUUAAAAUUUUUCUAUAAAUUUAAAUUAAUUGUAGAUUUAAAUCUGUGCCGUUAUCAGUAAAUUAAAGUAAAUAUUUUUAAUUGUAAAUUCUAAAUAUAAAUUCGCUUAUUGUGUAUACUUAUAUACACAAGCUUAUUAUACGUAAAAAAUUGUUUUAUAUUUAAUUGUUAAAUUGUAAGAAAUUAUUUUUGUUAUUAUUAUUAUUAUUAUUUUGCAUUUAAAAUAUUUUGCAUUUUUUAAAUGUUAAUUUAAUAAAAUAUAAAUAAAAAAAAUUGUGAUGUCACAAGCCAUGCUUGAAGUUAACAAUAAACAGAUUCAGAAGAGUAUUUUUUGAAUUUUUAUUUUAAAAAUUAAUUAUUUAACGAAUUCUUAAAGUUUAUAUGCAUUUAUUUUAAUUAUUUUAAUUAAUGUUAAAGGUUCAAUAGGGCUUUAUUGUUGUUAGAUGCAUAGAAGCCUUGUAAUUUCCUUAAACUAAACUAUUAACAGAAUUUUAUCUUAAUUUUAACUCAAGUUAUUAAUCGAUUAAUAAUCGCGUUAAAAUAAUUUUUAAACUCGAUCUUUAACAUUGUUUUCUGUCUAAUUUAAAAGAAAAAUAUGGAAUAGAAUCUAAAAAAACACGUCAAAAAUUCAUUCGAAAUGCUAAAAAAAAUGUAAAUAAAUUUUAAUUACCGACGUCACAGGCUAGUAACAAUACUUAAUCCGUUUCAAACAAUUAAGAAAUGGAUUAAUUUUGAUCUCCAGUGACGUAACAAUCAAACACUGGCGAUGUUUAAACAAUUAAAACGUCACAACGAACGUGUCGAUAAAUCGAUUAAUUUCAUUCCGAAAUCGAUUAUUUUUUAAAAAUUUAAGCGAAAAGUGGCGUGAACUUAACAAAACGAAGCCAAUUUUAACUAGUACUAUAUAUAUUUUAAAAAAAAAUAAAUAUAUAUAAUUUAUAUUAAAAAAUAGUUUGAUAAUAGAAUGGUCAACUUAUUAGCUUAUAUAAUUAGAAUUUAAUAAUAAAAAUAAUAAUUAUUAAGCGAUCGAUUAUUUAACAAAAAAAUCGAUUGUUGCCUCGUCCGCACUUCGCCACUUUUGGUAUCUCCUCCCCUCCAGGAAACUCGAUUUAGCAACUGCGCAGUUCUAGUUUCUGUUGACGUUCAACGUGGAUCGCUUAUCCACGAAUCGUUCUACCCCCGAAAGUGUUCCAUCUUGGAAAUUUUGGUAUUAGUAACGAAAUACAAGCAUAAACCCCAAGCGACACGGAUGAGCUAGUGUAAUAACACGCCCAGACUCUACUUGGAAAUCUCGAUAACGUAUCUCCCUAUCCUUCCAGGCCACGUUGCAUCCCCUAAAAGUUGCCGAAAAUGCCCUAAAAAAGGGUCUAACCCAUAGUACAAACCUGUGACAACCGAGGGAAAGAAGAACCGUGGGUUAGAAGAAGACCACCCCGUCGAUAAGGGUAACCGCACCCCUAAAAAAAAAUUCUGACGGUAAACCCUACGUCGGUGAGAUAUAACAGAUGUCUGUCCGCAGACAUACCAGAGUUUGUGUAGUUACUGCAUUUUAUCACAUAUAUGUCAAACUGUUAGCCAGUAUCCCUUUUCAAGUUUUUUUUGCUCUCUUACAGGUGACCAAGGAUGACCCCACGGGUGUGGUUUGCGGGAUUUGAUGUAUUGCUGCAACUGCACUCUUUCUACUUUACUUAAAACCGAACAUCAUAAAAGAGAAAUGGAUGAACGUGCAAAACAGGUUCACUCUUCAUCACGUCAGAUCUUUUACUGGAAUAGUAAAGAAAAUAAUUCAGGUAAAUCAGAAACACUAGUGUUCCACUUGUUGAAGCCAUUAAGUAGGUUGUUGGCAGCUCUCGACAAAAGAAACGUUUAUGAAUUACAACAUUUCUGCGGGGGGGAAGGAGAGAAAGAUACUCCUCUUUGUUUCCUCUUGUUAGUCGAUUGCAAACGAGCUGUCAGGGCAUCCCCCAAAAAACAGGAUUACAGAAUCGUUGAAUGUUUUAACGUCUCUUCCGAUAUUAUUAACCACUCCUUGAUAUUACCUGUCAAAAUCUUGCAAAAUGUCUACUCUGAAAUGGAUUUAGAAUUUUUGAAUGGAGAAGAAUUUUACUCGUUAAAAAGUUCUUUCACGAAAGAAAGCACUCAGGAGGCUCACGUGAGAAGAAAACGUUCAACUAAUCAAGUUCCUGUUCAGUUAACGUUUGAUGCUGAUUAUAGCGCUAAAGCUUCCGGAAGAGAAGCAGAAUUUAAAGAUCACAUCAAAAAAGAAUUAGCAAAAGCUGUUCGAAUUCCACUUUCUAGUAUUAAAAAUUUAAAUUUGCGAAAAGAUAAGAUGUCUGUCGAUUUUAAUAUUGUAAUUACUAACGACGAGAACAAUGUUAUGGAUGAUAAGACUUUAGAAGAUGCUGCUAUCGAUCUGAAAGGCAGAAUCCACCGAGGGAGAUUAAAAAUCACAGAUUUAGAAUCGAAUGUCAUGAGUGUAAUUGCUGAUGAAUCUGUGGUUGAAGUAUCAACUACUUUAGGUACCGAUUUAACUCCGAUAGUUCUGGGCAUCGUGGUGGGAAUAUUUAUUUUAAUAUUUAUCCUUGUUAUUUUAUCUGCCAUGAUCGUCCAGCAUAUAAACAAGAGUUGUAACAGAUCAGUAUCGCCUUAUGUUAAGAGAUCAUCCUACCAGAUCUUCGAAAAUGACGACUCGCUGACCGGAAGAGACAGCAUGAACUCACUAGGGAAGUAUUCUUACGUCAGUGGGGUGUGGAUAGGACCGGGACGUGAACCUAAACGUUCUGUGCCUGAGGCACCGCUCUAUCGUCCACCGACCGUUCUCCAAAUAAGAGAAACUCCCAGACCUUGCACCGCUGUGAGGGUCCGAUUGAAAGACGACUGGAACAUCGAUCCCGAGAAGACAUUCGGAACGAAACUGGAAGAAGAGUCAUGAUUUGCAGAUAGACAGAAAGGAUAAACUUUUAAAAUGAUCAUCUGGCUCAUGGUUAUGGGAAAAGGUUAAAGUCUGACUACUUCAAUAAACAUAGUCCACCAGAUGUGUUUAUCUAAGUCUCUACCUUCUCGACUCGACUCGACUCAGACACAAUUUAAGCCCAUAACGAUUUUCUACUAUAUUCUCUGUAAAAUGGUGUUUAGUUAAGGCUCUCGUUUGACGAGUUUUAUGAUCUUUUAUAUGAUGGGUACGAUUUCUUUUACGCUUUUCCUCUGCGUAAACAUAUGUGCUGCUGUAAGUCGCUUCGAUGUCUUCUAUGUUACUUUCCACAUAUUUUCCAUUAUGUAAAAAUGUUUUUUAUAUACAGUUAUGCAUUUAAUAUCUACAGAUAUGUAACUUAUAAGAAAUACAAGUACGGGCUUUAAACACCUUGUCAUACUUGCAGGAAAGUUUCACUCUUGUUAAAUUAUGUAAAAAUGUUAAUCAUUAAAUAAAUAUUUAUGUUUAAAUAUUUUUUACAAUUAUUUAAAAAUAUAUCCGAUAUUAAUUUAAUGAUUUUUAAUCAUAUUUUCGAACAAAUCGUUCAAAUGAUUAAAAAAAACAGAGAUCAAUAUUCGAUAAGAAGGUAAAUGCUGCCAUCUGUUAAUAACAUUUUGAAACAAAUUUAUUAAAUGAAUUAAAAUUAAAAUUGACUUAUAACGUAAUAUUUGUAAUUAUAAUAUAAAUACCGUUAUAAUAUAAAUUUAACUAAUUUGAUAAAUAUAAAUAUAAAUUUUUCCUGAAGAAUGUUGCUCGUUGUUGC